GUCCUCCUUCCACCCUGCCCGGAUCUCCGCUCGGCCCUUCCGCUCCGUCUGGCUGUGGGCGGCUUCCCGGGGAGCCUGGGCCGCCGCAGAUUUUAAAACUGAAGCAUUGGGCUGGCGCUGUGACGUAGCAGGUUAAAGUCCCAUAUGGGCACCAGUUCUACCCCUAGCUGUUCCACCCAAUCCAGCUCCCUGCUAAUGCAUCUGGGAAAGAAGUAGAAGAUGGUACAAGUGCUUGAGUCCCUGCAGCCACGUGGGAAAUCCAGAAGAAGCUCCUGGCUUUGGCCUGGCCGAGCCCAGGGCUGUUGUAGCCAUUUGGGGAGUGAACUAGCAAAUCUUACAGUUGAGCAUGAGUCUUCUUAUGAUUAGUGAGAAUGUAAAGUUGGCUCGUGAAUAUGCGUUGCUGGGAAACUAUGAUUCUGCCAUGGUCUAUUAUCAGGGAGUUCUUGACCAAAUGAACAAGUAUCUAUACUCAGUGAAAGAUACAUACCUUCAGCAGAAAUGGCAACAGGUGUGGCAGGAAAUAAAUGUGGAGGCUAAGCAUGUGAAGGAUAUCAUGAAAACGCUGGAGAGCUUUAAGCUGGACAGCACUCCCUUGAAAGCAGCACAGCAUGAAGUUCCAGCCUCUGAGGGCGAAGUCUGGUCCUUGCCUGUACCUGUUGAACGAAGACCAUCACCAGGACCUAGAAAACGCCAGUCUCCUCAGUACAGUGAUCCGAAACCACAUGGUAACCGGCCAAGCACAGCUGUCAGAGUUCACCGUCCGUCCGCACAAAAUCUUCACAAUGACAGAGGGAAAGCUGUUCGUUGUCGUGAAAAGAAAGAACAGAAUAAAGGAAGAGAGGAAAAGAACAAAUCUCCUGCAGCAAUUACAGAACCAGAAACAAAUAAAUUUGAUAGUACUGGAUAUGAUAAGGACUUAGUGGAAGCUCUGGAAAGAGAUAUAAUUUCUCAGAAUCCCAAUGUUCGAUGGGAUGAUAUUGCCGAUUUAGUAGAAGCUAAAAAGUUGCUUAAGGAAGCUGUGGUGUUACCAAUGUGGAUGCCAGAAUUCUUUAAGGGCAUUCGGAGACCAUGGAAAGGAGUACUGAUGGUUGGCCCACCCGGCACAGGAAAGACCCUCCUUGCUAAAGCAGUAGCUACAGAAUGCAAGACAACAUUCUUCAACGUCUCUUCAUCAACUCUGACUUCCAAAUACAGAGGAGAGUCCGAGAAGCUUGUCCGUCUUCUGUUUGAAAUGGCUCGAUUUUAUUCUCCAGCCACCAUAUUUAUUGAUGAGAUAGAUUCCAUUUGUAGUCGCAGGGGGACCUCUGAAGAACACGAAGCAAGCAGAAGGGUGAAAGCAGAGCUGCUGGUGCAGAUGGAUGGUGUUGGAGGUGCUUCUGAAAAUGAUGACCCUUCCAAAAUGGUUAUGGUUCUGGCAGCCACUAAUUUUCCCUGGGACAUAGAUGAGGCUUUAAGACGACGUCUUGAAAAGCGCAUCUAUAUUCCUUUACCAUCAGCAAAAGGCAGGGAGGAGCUAUUACGAAUAAGUCUGCGUGAGCUGGAAUUGGCUGAUGAUGUUGACCUUGCAAGUAUAGCCGAAAAAAUGGAAGGUUAUUCAGGUGCGGACAUUACCAAUGUGUGCAGGGAUGCAUCCUUGAUGGCAAUGAGAAGGCGUAUUGAAGGUCUGACUCCAGAAGAAAUCCGGAAUCUUUCAAGAGAAGAAAUGCACAUGCCUACAACUAUGGAAGAUUUUGAAAUGGCUUUAAAAAAGGUUUCUAAGUCAGUGUCGGCUGCAGACAUUGAAAGAUACGAGAAAUGGAUAUUUGAGUUUGGAUCAUGCUAAAUUCUCACAUGUACAUUGUGAGAAAUCUGCCUUAAGUCUUUGAAAAAUAAUUAAAUGUAGUAUUUCAUUGCACUGAGUGCUAUAUUUUUUUAAACUUUCAUAAUGAUAAGAUUUAAAAAAAAAGAUUCUGAAUAAAGGCAAUUUUUUUAAGC